GGCCGUUUGGGCUGGCAAUUUGGCGGAGCGUUAGGGCCCAGGAAUGGUGGUAGCCUGUCCUUCGUUUGCUUCCUCGCACCCCAACUCCGUCGCCGCCACAGCGGCGCUAUUUGGCCGUGCCGCCGCCGGAGUUCGUCUCUGUCCCACGCCGUCCUCCGUACUCCGCUUUUCUCCAGCCGUGCACGUCGACGAGGGUGAAGAGCAUCCGGGGCGGGAGGGGAGCACUGAGCAGGAGCCUGGGGGCUGCAGCGGAGCGCCGGAGCAGGCCGUGGGGCGUGCGGAGGCUCUACGGAGAAUACUGGGGCCGCUACCACCUCGCGCUCGUGGCAAUCCGUGACGCCGUAGAGCCCUUAGCCUCCUGCCUCUCUGACCUCUCCAUCGAGUUUAAGGGGCUUGGCUCAACAGGAGUGUUUGAUGUAAUCUGGAAGCUGUGACCUAUUAUCUCUCAGUUGGUCCUUUCCAUCGAUAUAUCAAGUAAUAUUUCUCCAUGAAGUGUAGUUUAUGCACAGUUCAUUCCUGCUUCUGCUGCUACUGUAAAUGUAAGGAGGGGGUCGGCUUCCCUCGUCUAUGCGCCGGGCAGUCCAAGGGUUCCUGCGGCUAGCCCUUGCAAUCAGGAGCUCUACCCCCCAGUGUUGCGUCUUUCCUCUCAGGCCUGUUGCUUGAACAGCUCAGAUAAUGAGGAGCCCAGUCGGAGUUCUGCUUAUGUUGAUUAUAGAAGCCAGUGUCUGCUUCCCUCGAUCACGCUAGCAGUGGGGACUUCAAACUGGGAUGCUGCCAGAAAUAUAAGCUUCAGGGAGUGUGUGAGAUUAUAUGGGCCAUCUCAAUCAAUUGGUCUGUUUGCAUUGCUUGUGCAGUUGUUCUUACCAAGGAGAAUCAGAGAAAUCUGGUGCUUGAUUCAGAGCAUUGUUGAUUAUUGUGGAAAUACCGGACAGGAGUUGUUUGAGUUGGCUCCUAUGUUGGUCAGCAAAUUGGGUGGGUCAAUGACGCUGUUACAAGUUUAUGCUGCAGUCAUCCGGAUUUUGUUAGAGUUGUCAAUGUUUGAGGACGCUCUUCUCACUUACAUUGAGGCCAAGAAGGUUGGUGUUGAGCUACGUUUGUGCAACUUCUUGCUGAAGUGUUUAGUCCAGGGGAAUCAGAUCGUGUAUGCAAGGAGUUUAUUUGAUGACAUGAAGAGUUCCGGUCCUUCACCAAAUGUCUACUCUUAUUCAAUUUUGAUGAGUAUGUAUACACAUGGAGAGAGGUUAUGCUUAGAGGAAGCUUUUGAGCUUCUUCGUGAAAUGGAAACUAAUGGUGUGAGACCGAAUGCUGCAACCUAUGGAACUUACCUCUAUGGGCUUUGCUGUUCCAGACAGGUAACAUCUGCAUGAGACUUUCUCCAAGAUCUUUGUCAGAGAGGGUGCCCUUGCAACACUUAUUGUUUUAAUGCCGUGAUUCAUGGUUUCUGUAGUGAGGGUCAGGUUCACAAAGCCAUAGAAGUGUUUAAUGGGAUGAAGAAAUGUGGAUUUCUCCCGAUGCCCACAGCUAUAGCAUAUUAAUUGAUGGGUUUUGCAAACAAGGGGAACUAUUGAAAGGUUAUGACAUGCUUGAUGAAAUGGCAAGAAAGGGAAUCAGUCCUAACCAUGUGAGUUAUAGUUCACUUUUGCACGGUCUUUGCAAGACUAGAAAUGUUAAUCUUGCGCUUGGGAUUUUCAAGAUGCUUAAAGAUCAAGGUUUCAAGCAUGACCAGAUAAUGUACAGCAUCCUUUUUCAUGGCUGUUGCCAAUAUUUAGAUCUAGAUAUCGUCAAUGAUCUUUGGGACGACAUGAUUCAUCAUGAUUUUGCUCCAGAUGUUUAUGAUUAUACCAAUCUGAUCUAUGCAUUAUGUAGACAUAGAUACCUUAUAGAAGCAUUGGAAGCAUUUGAACUCAUGCUUGAGAAUGGGGUAACUCCCAACAUUGUGACAUGCACAAUCCUAGCUGAUAGCUUUAGCAAAAAAGGGAUGAUAGGUGAGGCCUUCCUAUUCCUUGAUAAAGUACAUCAGUCACUGGGAAUUGCCCCCAACCUUUUCACAUACAAAGUUAUUAUCAAAGGCCUUUGCAAGACCAACAAAUCGGACAACGUUUGGGAAAUUUUUGCAGACAUGGUAAAAAGGGGACAUGUUCCUGAUGCUACCCUCUACAGUAUUAUUAUUGAUGGUUUUGUGAAGGCUUUGGAGUUGCAGGAGGCUUUCAGGCUGUAUCAUAAAAUGUUAGAUGAAGGGAUAAAACCUACUAUUUUUACAAAUACUAGCCUCCUAAAUGGGCUGUGCCAUGAUGAUGGACUUCCUGGAUUUAGGAAAUUGAUGAGGGAUAUGAUUGGGGAGGAACUGGUACUUGACAAGAUUUUGUGCACAUCUAUUAUUGCAUGCUAUUGUCGACGUUCAAAUAUGAAGGCCGCCAUGGAAAUGUACAAAAAAAUGGAAAGCUAUGGUUUAUCACCAGAUGCUUUUGUAUAUACUUGUCUAAUUAGUGGUUUUAGUAAAGUUCGUGCGAUGGAUGGUGCUUUCUUGAUGAUGAAAGAAAUGGAAAAAAGGAAUAUUAAACCUACUGUAGUAACCUAUACAGCAGUCAUAAUUGGAUACCUUAAAACAGAGGAUGAGAAACAAGCUUUUAAGACGUGCAUAAGUAUGCGUCGGGCAGUCAUUGUUCCGGAUGACAAGCUGAGUUGUAUAUUGGGCCUUGGCAAUGGCAGGGAUGAUUCUGAUUAUUAUUCUUAGAAAGCAAAGGAUGUAACAUAGAUUAUCAAACAGAGCUUUAUGAACUUAUCAAGGGGCUCCUCUGUGAUGGUGAUGAGCUCACCUAGUGUGGAAAAAUAUUGGCUACACUCUUUUCCUCUGCUUCCACACUGCUAUCGGAUGAAUAAGAAACAGAAAUGAAGUAACCUGAAAGUGACAGUUUAAUCCAUGGACAACACCUGGAGGGUGCAAUCAUUACAGCUUAGGCUUUUGAGAAGCAUCAAGCAUGGUUGUUACUCCAUUUGUCCGGCCUAUUGAUUAGGACUUCAGAGUUGCAAGCAAAGACCAACAGCAGUCUAUGGUUUGAGUUAUCUGCUUCCUAGACUGACCAUCAACCAAUCUGGAAGGUACAGAAGCUCCCUCGACCUAUACCACCAAAGGUACAGGUUUCUGCUGGAGACUGCUGCAUGGUUUCCGACCAAUUUGGCACAUUUUACAUAUGUGGCAUAUAGAGAUCCUGGGAGCUGUGUCACCUGUGGAACAUUAGGGGAUGCAUCUACAAUGCUUUGGUUAGGAGCACUUAUGCCCAGUUGUUUUCGAAGGAGCUGUACACAUACUAAGGUGCAGAAUUUCCCCAUCUACAGCCAAGAUCUUGCUUGAAAGAUAUCCUGGAUGAUUAUUAUUGUUCGGUGCAGAUGUGAGCUGUGUUCCUUCAGAAUAUGGGCAAUCUGGACUGCCAGAAAUGAAAAUGAAGCAUGGCGUGAACGGAAGGAGUGUAAGCUGCUGUCAAAUGGGUUUGGGAGGCAGCUGCAGACUCGCUGAGUAUGAUGACAGCUAUGCCAAUCGAAAAAUAAGAAGCAAGAUGGUGAAGUGCAGUGGGGACCACCAAAGAUAGGGGAAGUGAAAGUAAACACAGAUGGGGCAUUUUCUUUGACCAGCUCAUUCACAGGGGCGAUGAAUGUCAUCAUUUGAGAGUGCAGGAGAGGCCCCUCGUAGGCUAACUCAUGCUGGCAUGAUAAUGUCCUGAUGUGCUAACGGCGGUGAUGCUCACUUGCGGGAACAGGAAUGCAAGGUGCAGAAUUAGUUGAAUCUGAAUAGGUCCCGUCCCGGGGGUAAGGGUUCGGGGGUUUUCUCAACCUGCGUGAGAGGUCUUCUCUUAGCAAAAAUCUGAGGGCCGUCAUACCUCCUGCAGGCCAAGUUUUUUUUUAAUUCCGGUGAGGAAGUGGCAUGAACAAGAAAUAAAUAAAUCAGAAAUAA